AUAGGUAGGUGUCAUUGGCAUGUGGAGAGGCAGCCUCUGCCUCUGCCCUGCUCAGCUGGAGCCGUGACCCCCACUUCCUGUGGCCCGUCGAAGUGGGUGGGUGGGGAUGCUGCUUGCCAGCUUCUGACCCCGGUGCUGGGGAAUGAGGCCAGGAGAGCCAGGAGUCUUGGCUUUGUCCCUGAAGUGAUGAUGUGGAGAAGCAGCAGAAGAUGCUGGGCUGUAAACAGGGCUGGUCUUUCCUGAUUGGGUGCCCUUAGAUUCCCUGUGGGGAUGCAGCUUGAGGGAGAUUCUGAGUGACCUAGUUUCUCGGGGGUGGGGACAAGAACAAGCCCUGGACUGUGGGCAUGGCUGGCCCUCUUUUCCAGUCCCGAUGCAGCUCUUGGGCUGGCAGAGCCAUCUAAACCCCUGUUCUGAUAGGUGUGGGGGCCCAGAUCAGUCUCAGGGUGGAUGUCCUGCCUCCCUGUCCCCACCUCCCCCCGUGUGUGUGGGGCGGUCCUCUGUAGGGUGAGAGGUGAGAACCGGGAGUACAGCCACCAGCUUCAUGGAGGGGGCGGGAUGCAGCGCAGUCUGGCCCCUCCCUGGGCCAGGGCUACAAAUACCCCUGGCGCCAGGGCACCAGCGCUGCUGUUGCGCCAGCCCUUGCAGUCUGUCUCAUGCCACGGACACUCCCCCAGCCUGGACCUCAGACCUCUACUGGGACGCAGAUCCUGAGCCUAUCCACACCCCUCAGACCGCCCAUGGGCGGGCCCCUGACCUUACUGGCCAUGCUCUGGGCGCUGGGGUCUGCCAGAGCCCAGGCGCUGCGCAUCGGAGCUUUCAACAUCCAGAGCUUCGGAGACAGCAAAGUGUCGGACCCAGGCUGCGGCGGCGUCAUUGCGCAAAUCCUGGCUGGCUAUGACGUCAUGCUCGUGCAGGAGGUGCGAGAUCCCGACCUGAGCGCCGUGUCCGCGCUCAUGGAGCAGAUCAACAGCGUGUCCAGGCACGAGUACAACUUCGUGAGCAGUGAGCCCCUGGGUCGGGACCAGUAUAAGGAAAUGUACCUGUUCGUCUACAGGAAGGACACGGUGUCGGUCGUGGACACGUACCAGUACCCGGACGCUGAGGACGCCUUCAGCCGGGAGCCGUUCGUGGUCAAGUUCUCGGCACCCAGCUCCGCCACCAAGGAGUUGGUGUUGAUUCCGCUGCACGCGGCGCCGCACCACGCUGUGGCCGAGAUCGAUGCGCUCUACGACGUGUACCUGGACGUGAUCGACAAGUGGGGCACCGACGACAUCCUGUUUCUGGGCGACUUCAACGCCGACUGCAAAUACGUGCGGGAGCAGGACUGGCCGGCCAUCCGCCUGCGCAGCAGCGAGGUCUUCAAGUGGCUCAUCCCGGACAGCGCCGACACCACGGUGGGCAACUCGGACUGCGCCUACGACCGCAUCGUGGUCUGUGGCUCCCGCCUGCGCAAGAGCCUGAAGCAUCAGUCAGCCACCGUGCACGACUUCCAGGAGGAAUUCGGCCUGGACCAGACUCAGGCCCUGGCCAUCAGUGACCAUUUUCCUGUGGAGGUGACCCUCAAGUCCCACUGACAGCCCUGGGGCCUGGCUGGGGCAGACUGCCUGCAGACUCUGGCCGCAAGGAGCAAGCCCCAGACUCCUCCAGCGUGGCCAGCCAACCCCCGGCGAGGCUGCAGGGUAGGGGCAGCUGGGCCUGGACAAGUGAUGGGACCACUCGGAGCCCAUUUCCCCAUCUAUGAAAUGGGCUGCCACCACCUACCUCAUAAGGUUAUGAGAAACAUCUUCCAGCAUGCUGGGCACGCAGCUGAGCUCGAUAAACAGCACACACUCAGCCAGGGCCCCACACACGUGUGGGCUCUAACUCCUCCAGGUCCCUUCUUAGGGCUCAGCCCUUCUGGGACACAGACCUUGGUCCUGCCACCCAGCGGAUCCCUCCUCCCAGCCCACCUAGGGGACAAGGACAGCCUGGCCUGCCCACACAUUUUUCUGCUGGGAACCAACCACUUCCAGACCUGGCUGGCUCCAGAAGACAGUGCCUUGCUCUUUGUUGUAAACUAAGUGCUUCCAAGCACCUGAACUGAGUGCACAUGGGUAAGUGCUCUCACACACACGUCGUGUGGAUGUGCAAGGUCAACCUCCCAAUCCUCAGUGAUCCAACUUCAGCCCCGGUUCCCAGGUCUGCAGGCCUCUAGCAGGCACUUGUGGGUACGAGGGUCCUGUCCCACCCAGCACUGCAGCUGGCGGGGGAGCUCAGGAAGGUUGUCCCCUGCCCCCAGCCGGUUGGCAGCCCUGGGACUUGGGGAGACCCCCCCUCACUGGUGAGCAGGCAGGCUGGGUUAGGGUCCCGCCCAUAGAACCCCAACAACUCACCACAGUACAGCCCCUUCAAAAGUGCCUUCCUGGUAGCUUCCUCCUCAGGGGCCCUGCGUGGGGCAGAGGCUCGCCAGGGAAGCCUGCACUUGGGGUAAGCCCAUCCCAAGGGUGGGGGACAAACAGAACUGGGGUACACAGUGUAACUGACAGGGACCCGAUGAGGUUGCUGGUUUUUGAAGCAUCUCACCUUUGGCAAGAUUUAAUUGGCCUGAAUUAUACUGGAGAGUAAAACCUUUGUUUCAAAAGAGUUUGGACAACCUUUUCUUGCUAGAUCUUUCUGAAAUAACAUUUAGGACACUUGCAAUGUAAAGUGCCUCCCUUCUUUCUCUCCAAGUUACCCAGUUUCUCGGAAAUUUGUACAGGUUUUCCAUCAAACACGGUGGCCCAAGGUCUUUUCCCAUUUCCUUCUCUUGUGGGGCUCAUCAGAACCCACCAACUCCCUGGCCUUAUGCCUCGAGCAAUCAGGCGUCCCACCAGCCAGGAACAGGAAACUUGAGGGCUUUAUUCUGCUCUGGGAAAAGACAGCACGCACGCUCAAUGGUGACGCUGCCAAGGUCCAGGAGGGGCCCACCUACCAGUUUCUUAUCCCUAGUCAAGACACUGCUUGCCAGCUGUGCUCCUGCCCACCCACCAGGCACAAAAGGCACUUGGGAGUGGCAGCAGGUCUUGGGACUAUGGCUGUGAGGAUCAGGGCCUUCUAGGGAGAUGGGCAAAACAAAGAACUGGAAGUAAUUUUAAAUGGGCAAA